UGAAUUUUAAUUUUGUAAACAUGAGUCGGGCGCUACAGCACCGCAAUCCACGUGUAAUCGGGCAACACAAAGAACCCGUCGUUUGUGUGUGAGGAUACAGUUUCAUUUUUAAAAGCCAAGUUUUUAUAAAGAAAUGUUUUGUGUCAUCCAAUAUGGCCAGAUAAUUCGUAUUUACCUGCCAUUUGGUUUUAUUAACAUUUUCCCCCGAUUUUCUGACACAUCGGAGUUAUUGUAUUGGAACGUUUGUUAAAACAGGAGUUUUUAAUUCAGAAAAUAUUUUUCUGUGUUUGAUGUGUCGAAAAAUAUGACGGAUGUUGUGUAUCGAAGCUAGUGUUUGCUAAACACAUACUUUUGGAAGUUUAUUUUUAUUAAACUUUAUAGACGUUGGUGAUGCUUUGAUAUCGUAUGCUAGCAUAGGAUAUGACAAUACUUUGCUAAGAAAAGAGGAAAACUGAAACUGCAUUUCAAGUGACAAUUUGGAUUGUGAAUUUCCAUGUAAUUUGUAUAAAUACCAUCUUUGAAAGAUCUUUUCCAUCCAGUGACUUUUUACCUAUGGCCAGAUUGCAACUGAAGCGUCAAUAAUGUGAAGUGGUCAAAUCCAAAAUGUUUUAACUGUUUUAUACAGAUGGAUAUUUUCUGUUUCAACAUAUCUGCAUUGACCCCUGACAUAAAAAACGUUAAUGAACUCCCCUCAAACGAGGGGUUUGCCACCUUAAACUUUAUCACGAGGAUGUCCACUUCAGUUACUGUGACGUCAUAAUCUCCAAGUUUUUAUGAUGUCAUCAAAAUGCACCGACCUACCGGUAAAGGCUCCGGGCACCGGUCCCUGCUCGCGGAGACUCUGGGUGUUUUUAGUCUUAGGAGCUGUGGACAUUGUUUUAGGACUCAUCAGUGUUGGACUUUAUUUCAACAUUCAGGCUAUCACUACCUCUGACAGCCUGACGGAAGUGAUACCUGGGUAUAUCGUUUGUCUUGUGGUCCUUCUUAAAGGGUCCAUUGUUCUUGUCUUAUUUUGGUUGCGGCCAUCUUGCUUGAUAUUUGUCUGCCUAGCGGUGGCGACAGGUUGCGGACUUCUUUGCGUUGUGUUGGCCAUCUUGUGUGUGACGCACGUCCUUCAGCCAAUCACAAACCUCGACUCAUGUACCUACAUCAAGCAGGAUUCGGUUUGUGAAUGUAUAUCGUCAUAUCGGAGAGACGGCCUAACUGUAGAGUUUCUCCCUGCUGAAAAAGAUAAAAUAAAGUUUGAGAGAAGCAACAGUUGUGAGGACAUUGAAUCCCUACUUCCGGUACUUUUAUAUGCUGAGUGCGCCCUCUAUCUGUGUAUAUUCAUCGUGUGUACCAUUGUCGCUGUCCUGUCAUUCCUCAUCAUAAAGUUAGAGAAAAGAAACAUUUUAAGGAAUGAAACUUAUGAAGAGAUUUUUACUGUAAGCGGAGGGUCUUCGUGCAGUGAAAGUGAGGGCGAACCGGAAGCCGAUUCCACUCCAGCAUCGGAAGGAAAUACCGGACCGGGAAGACCGGAAGUAAACAGUCAGCUAGACGGCAGGAACACCUGCCCACCCGGGAUCCUUAAAAACCAGGAUAAACAUGAAAUUCUUGUAGACAAGUCUCUCUCGCGGUCAAAAUCGUGCGAUUCAAUUGAUCUUAUAUACAAUGCCUCCGAAAGCGACAAGGUCAAGAAGGGGCGUCUGAAGGAACACAGAAGAAGGGAGCGGCGUGCGGUCACUCUUAACAACCUCGACUCCAAACAGUUACUGUUAAUUUUAGAUCUACAGAGAAGGUACCAGGAAGAAACUCGCUUGUUGAAAUCUCAGGGAAAUUUGAAUAUUACUCCGACAGGUGCGACACCUAAUGCCGAACUUAUUGUGCAAAGAAGGGCAGUAACUCCUCAACCUUAUAGAAAACCUAAUCCAAAUACUCUGCCGCGUUCACAUACACCACAACCCGGCCCCGUUAGUGGUUGUAAUAUUAGAAUGGGCGAAUUAGCUCGCGAUCUACAAAACUGUCUUCGGGAUAGAGAAUCUGCCACCAAGAGUAAAGAACCUCAGAGGAAAACGGACGGAACGGACGACAAUAAACUGGUGCCUCAGAACGACGGUUACGUCCAUAUGGCUCCACGACCAAAGUCACGUCCGUCUGUACAGAAAUACUUUCUACCACCACAGCCAAUACAGAGGUGCAGGUCCACAUCUCCAUUUACCAACCCACGCCAAAGAAAGACUUCUCCUUCCGAACAACUGCCGUCCCAACCGAAAUCGCGAACGCUUGAUUCGACGACACUGUUGCCACCCGCGCCAAUACAACGAAAUGGAUCCGCCUUCCAGUUGGUAGGACAUCCUGUCGGACCAAUGUAUAAUAAAGGAUCCGUCUCUCACGAUGUUGUGUUCCGAACACCCGGUGACAUUUUCUGCGAAAAUGCAAUCCGGGACAAUUUUAAACUAUAUUCAAGUCCAUUUCUCCUAAGAAAUACAAAACAAGGGCCUGUUGAUUCUGUUUCCGGUUCAACCUUGACCCCGCCUUAUUCCGGUCCGCCCUCAUACACGGAAUUUCUUUCUAGAACGGAUUCUGCUUUGGAAUCUGGAUCAGAACAUAUAUAUGAGACGUACGAAAACAUCUCUGAAACAAAGUCAUCAUCUAGAAAGGUCUCAUCUCCGAAACGGAGUCCCAAGAAAACGAGUGAGACUGUUCAAACGACAGAAAGUGAGGACGACGUGUUUCUUCCUGUUAAGGCUUCAACAGGUGUCGCAAAUUCCUCCCCCUCCCAGCCUUAUAUUCCCGCGUAUAACGACUCUAGUCGUAGACGAAAACCAAAGAAACGAAGUGGACGUCAGAAACAGGCAGCCAAUGAUGUUGCUGUUUUCAAUGGUCACGUGACUCCUUCUAAGAUCACAACAGAGUCACGUGAUUUCAUUCAUCAUCAGAACCCUACAGAAAAUGACAAUGUAUAUGCAAUUAGUGCCAAAGCAAGAACUAAAUCAGCAAACACUGACACCGACUGCGAAAGUUCUAGAAAACUAAGCACAAACAAUUUUUCAAAAAUGCCCUGUAGUUCAGUCAGUGCAUCGGAAGAGAAAGUAGAUGGAAAACAGUUGUCAGAGAAUGAGACAAGCUGUACAAAGACAGGGAAAUAUCACACAGGUUAUAUAAUCGGAGUAAGAGGUUAUUCCAAACGUAUGUCUGAGAGUUCCGGGUGUACGUACGAGGAUGUGGAAGAAUCGUCAAUAGGAGUUUCAAGCCAAGCAUCUCUAAUCUCGAGCAGUGACGAGAUAACACGAGAAUUCAAUAGAGCAAUAGACGAGAUUCACCCAGGUCUGGGCGAUCCAAGGGUUCUGGAGACUAUGAUUUGACGCAUGUGCAUUGUUCAGUUCCUUUCUGGACUUCCUCGUAUAUGAUCAUACUGUUUAAAAUAUUUCUUAUAAUAAAUUCCUAUAUGUGAACAAAUUGAUACGAGUAAUUAUAAGGGGAAUCGGGUGUUUAAGGAAUAACAAGAACAAAAACCUAUAUUUUGAUAUUCAUUAUAGUAUACGCAUGAAUGAGAUUGAAAAAUACCCGUAUGUACAUGUAAAUGCUUUCGAUCUCUCUACAAGUGACAUUGUGAAUAUUUGUGUUCUGUUUACAAUACACUGUUUAUUAUACACUAUGGAUGUGAAUGUGUUCAGUCAGACUUUAUGACGUUAUUUUUCUGUUUUACCAUUAUAGAUUUACUUUUGUAAUGUAGUUAUAUCAUUUUUGCGACCGACAUAGAAAUAAAAUUUAAAUUCUUGUA